GCUGUUCAGGAGUUGAUAACUUCUGAUUUUAUAGUUUUCAUUUAAUUUUUACCUCUAAAUGAAUUAUUCUCAGUUAGAUUUUCUUAUUAUUUUCAAGCAUUUGAACAAUUUGAACUAUUCAGUGUAAUCAGAAAUGAUAACUGUGAAUAAUGCAUCAUUUCAUGGCGAUAUUAAUCUCGCAAGUCUGACAUAACUUUAACAAAAUAAAGAGUUAUAAAAUAUUCUCAAAUUAACGCUUGUCAUACGAUAAAACAGUAUAAGCUAAACAGGAAUUAAUAAAAAAUAAUUAAUUCAAUGGAUUCAUUAUAUUUAUUAAAAAGAAAAUUUAUCCAGUCGAAUAAAAUAUAUCUUUGGUGGAUUAUACUACUUAUACUGUGUAAAGUUACUACUUUAAUUUAUAUUGAAAGUAGUGCAUUUCAAACCCAUUCAGUUUAUUGGGAUCCAGAUAAUAUCAUAUUUCAAACAAAACCUGUACCACUAUUGCGAGUUAAACCAAAGGAUGAAAUAAUCUUUGUUUGUGCACAAGAAUCACUUUAUAUAUUAUGGACAUAUGAAUAUCAAGUAUUUGAAUCGUGUUCAAUGUGGUUAAACGAUAAUUUGAUGGUAAAUCUUCUACUCAGAUGUCCAGAUAAAUCAAGUCGAAGGAUAAAAAUGCGAGACGUUUCAAAUAUACGACAAAAGAAACUAUCUAAUCUUACAGAUCAAAAGACAGCAAUGAAAUCAUCUUCACAGAAUUUAUCCAUUAAAAACUUUUCUCGUUAUCAUUCACCUAUCAAUAAUAAACAUAAUGCUACAGAUAUGAUGGAAUAUUUGACUAAUAGAUCUAGUAAAUUAAUCAAUAAACGAUCAUUGUUACCAAUACAACCAGUAAUACCAAACUCUCAGUUAAUUGAUCGUAAAAAGUAUCCUUCACAGUUUACUUUGUUAGUAGAAGAAUUUGCUUGGGCCAAUGGGAAUCCAAGUUUUCCUGUUAAUCGUCCAGUUUAUUUCCUUGCUCAACCCAGUGUAUGUCAUUCAAGGAAUAUGAGACUUGGAAUAGUGAAUGGUGAAUUCACUGGAUUGUUAUCUGAUCCGUAUGCCAACCGUCUACUUCAAGAAACGUUGCUGGCGAAUCAUUCUAGUCUUAUCGCCUACUCAAGACGCAAUUUAUCAUUGCCAACUAGCGUCAAUUCAAGGUGUGAUCGUAAUCCCAAUAAGAAGAUUAUACAAAAGAAUAUUCCAAUAAGCGAACAACACGAUCAACAACAACAACGAUCAUGCACAACACAUUCUAUCUCUCCUGUCACUUCAUCGGCUUCUUCGGUUUCCCCCGCCUUCUCAACCAAUCUAAUUGUAAAUCAGCUCUUGAAAUAUUUGCCAGUGAAUCUUUCUAUGAUUCCUAUUACCACCACUAUUGCUGUUAUUAUUAUUGGUACCACCGCUGCUAUCAGCUUUAUUGUGAUUUCACUUCAUGAUUUAUAAUUUUCUUCAAAAUUAGAUAAGAUUUUUCUAUUUAUUCCUUUACAUACUUAACCUUCACAAGAACUGACCAGAACUGACCGGUUUCAUGCCCUUCAUUAAUCAGUCAGCAGCAACAGCAGUACGCUUGUUCCACUUCACUUAUACAGUAAUAAAACUGAACGCAAAUGUGAAAAAGUUAAAUUCGAGUUCAUUAACACUGUAAUUAGACGUGUGUUGUGUACUUUAUUUCAUUAUAAGUAACAUACUUUUGAAUGAUAAAUUUGUUUUCAUAAAGAAUACAAUGUGAA